GCAGUUGGAGCUCUUCUGGUCUACGACAUCAGUCGACGCCAGACCUUUGAUAGCAUUGGCAGAUGGCUUAAUGAACUUCAGACUCAUUCUGACAUGAACGUUGUCACAGUACUUGUUGGAAAUAAAUCUGACCUCAAAGAUGCUCGGGAGGUCACAACUGCUGAAGGCAAAGAUUUGGCUGAGGCACAAGGCCUGUUCUUCAUUGAAACUUCAGCUCUAGAUUCCUCCAAUGUUGCUGUUGCCUUUCAGACGGUGGUCAAAGAGAUUUACAACAUUUUAAGUCGGAAGGUUAUUCAAUCUCAGGAGCUCAAACGCAAAGAUCCCAGCUGGAUGUUUAAUGGGAAAACAGUAGAUCUACAGGCUGAUGGGAGCAAAGAAGUGGAUGCACAAGCAAAGAACGGUUGCUGUUGAGUUCUGUUGAUCUGUACCCUGCACACGUAUGAAGAAGUUCCAGUUCCUUGGAUUUCUGAUUCUCUUAAGCCCUUUCCAUACACCAUUUUUAGUUGUAACUUUAUUUAUUCUUACUGUUAAAAUUGUAAUGAAUAGUUUUGUAUUUCUGGACCAUGGUAGAAUCUGUAUUGGAAUUUGUAAAUGACUCCAAGGAGAUCAGAAUUUUUGAUAAUGCUGUGAGUUUUUGCUUGCUCCCAGCUAUUUAAUAUUUAUUAACUUUAGUAUUA